UGCGGGCUCUGACCGGAGAGGCACCGGGCGGGACGGGGAUGCGAACGAGGGGCUGGGCAGGAGGGGAGCUGCCGCUGCCGGCUGCUCCGCCGUGAUGGCUUCCAGCGGGGAGGAACCGAGGAGCAGCUCCCCAAGCCGGGCAGGCCCCGGCACCGAGCCCGCACCUAUGCCUGACACUACUCAGCUGGACACGGGAGAGGAUUUUGAGGUCCUGGAAGAUGAGGAAGAGGAGGAGGAGGACCUGAGCGAGCUGCCACCGCUGGAGGAUGUGGGCCGGCCAGUGCCGCGGGAGGACACCCAGCCCUCGGAGCCGGGCAGGGGGGACGUGGCUGAAGACCCCCAGGAGUGGCUCGAUGUUUUGGGGAGUGGGUUGCUCAAGAAGAAGACGCUGGUGCCAGGCCAGGGGGUGGACACGCGUCCCCGCAAGGGCCAGGACGUGACCAUCCGCCUGAAGGCCAUGCUGGAGGAUGGCAGUGUGGUGGAGGAGAACCCUGCCCUCACCUUCACAUUGGGUGACUGUGACGUCUUGCAGGCUCUGGACCUGUGCGUGCAGCUCCUGGAAAUGGGGGAGACGGCGCUGAUCGUGUCAGAUGCAAAAUACUGCUACGGCACUCAGGGCAGGAGCCCUGACAUCCCACCCAAUGCGGCCCUCACUCUGGAGGUGGAGCUGCUGGCGGCUCAGGAUGCACCAGACCUGGAGCUGCUCAGUGGGAAGGAGAAGAUCGAGCUGGCCAACCGCAAGCGAGAACGCGGCAACUUCUUCUACCAGCAGGCAGAUUAUGUGCUGGCCAUCAACUCCUAUGAUAUUGCCCUCAAGGUUAUCGGCUCCAGCUCGAAAGUCGACUUCAGCCCAGAGGAGGAGGCAGAGCUGCUGGACGUCAAAGUGAAAUGUCUGAACAACCUGGCAGCUUCUCAGCUUAAAUUGGACCAUUACGAGGCAGCCCUCAAGUCCUGCAACCUCGUCCUGGAGCACCAGCCAGGGAACAUCAAGGCUCUCUUCCGAAAGGGCAAGGUCCUGGCUCAGCAGGGUGAAUACAGAGAUGCCAUCCCCAUCCUAAAGGCAGCAUUGAAGCUGGAGCCUUCAAACAAGACCAUCCACGCUGAGCUCUCUAAGCUGGUGAAGAAGCACGCCGACCAGAAGAACGUUGAGACAGAGAUGUACAGGAAGAUGCUCGGGAAUCCCAGUGCUGCGGGCACCCCGGGGAAGUGCAAAGACAAGCUGUCCUGGUCCAUCCCCUGGAAGUGGCUCUUUGGUGCAACAGCCAUCGCGCUCGGCGGCGUGGCCUUGUCCGUGGUCAUUGCAGCGAGGAACUAAGGACGGUGGCGGGGCGGCCCUGCGCCAUAGGACCUGGGCCAGGAUGUGCCUCUCUCCCACCAAGGGGCUUCCCUGAGGCUCCACCGACCUCUCCCCACGGACUCGCAGUUGCAGAAUACAGAUGCUUUCUCUGCCGGAGGUGCCAGAUCCCCCUCCGACGUCCCCCCAUCUCCCUCCUGGCGCGGGCAGGGUGCAGUUGUGGGGACGGAGCAGCAGGCAGAGCAGAGCCUCCCAGCUGCCCUUCUGGCAAUCAGGGGCUUGGCCUCCAGUCCCGAGCACAUCAGCGGGAGCGGGAGCUCUGGCGUGCCGGUACGUGGUGGCCAUCCCCGGCAGCGGGGUCCUGCCGCCAUGGCACAACAGGCAGGCAGAGGCACGUGGCGGGAAGCUGUGUGGGUAGGAACGGGCACGGUGGUUUCUGUGGCUGGAUGCAGCUGCAGGAUGGGAUUCAUGCAGCUGGAUUCCCAGUGUCCUUGGGGGCUGCUGGCAGUGCCCCUGCCCCUCUCGGCACACCCCCGAGCACACAAUGCCCAAAGGACGCCAAAGAAACCUACGGCAGGAGGGAUGUGGAGGGGAGCGUGGAGACCUCCUCUCCCGGCGUACUCGUGCAGGUCUGAGCUCUGGGGGUCUCUCUUUGCCCUCUGCAGCCCAGGGCCUCCCUCAUGCUGCCCCGGCCUCUGCUCCCGGGGGGCUGUAGCACUGUUCUCCUGCCCCAAACCUACUGAACUUCCCAAAUAAAGGACAAUUCCUUCACUCCCAG